GCCAAACGGAAGCACACGCCCUCAGCCCCUCGGGCUGCUGAAGGAGUGCAGAUAAGGCCUGGAGGCUGGGUGACGAGAUGUCACUUGUCGUCCGGGGUCUGUCGCUGGCUGGCUGAAGUUACGCUAGAAUGGACAGUGCCCUUUACUGUGUCCGGGCCAAAGUGAGACUGGCCUGUCAGUGCUGCGGGGGACUCCACGCAGAAACACGGAACUCGGAGCAGGCUCACAAUUCCUCAGCGUGGUGGAGACCCUGGAUGAUGACAGCGAGAGACGCGGAAAAGCAGAGGCAGAGCUCGCGUGGUUGUGACAGUCCCUCUGAAACCAGGCGACCCCUAGGAUUUCAACACCCUGUCAGGCUGUACCUACCCAGAUCCAAAGCUGAACAUUACCUACACCACAUGGGAGAGAAGGUUCUGGCCAGCUUCCCUGUUCAGGCAACAAUUCAUUUCUACAAUGACGAUUCAGAGGAGGAGGAGGAGGAGGAGGACAAACUCAUGUCCUGUGGCUUAGAAUCAGAAAGUACCCCGGAAACAGCGGGGAUGUUUUGGAAACAGUGAAAUGAAUCGGAGCAGGAGAUGGAGUGGCUUCGAAGCGGAAAAAUCUUGCCUUCCGAAAGUGAUACCACCACAACAAAACUAAAGGCCAGCACAACUCUCUGCUCCCUGCUCUCAUUUGUAGCUGUAACUCAGACCGGUUAGUUAGGUAUCUAUAACACUGCAGGGCAAUGACACAUUUGCACUGUUUUAUGUCUGUGUGUAUGUGAAUAUAUUUUGUAUGAUUAUUACCUUAAGAACUUUAAACAUAUAAACUUUUCACAUGAGGGUAAAAUUUAAUACAGAGGAUCCUAGCAAGCAGGAACUUUCUAAGUCAGUAAAGUAUCCGAUGUCACCAGUCUUAAAAUAACUUGUUAGUUGAUAUUCUCUAACAUUUUCCGCGUAUGUCAGUGUCUGUAGGUGGUGCGACGAUCUCACGCACAGUCCAUUUACAGCAAGGGUCUGGGUUUGAAUCCUACACAGGCAACGGAGUCUUUGGACAUUUACAAUAAAUUUGCAACAUUGGUGCAAAGUGCUUUCACUUCACAGAUAUUGCAUCUACAGCAUCUCCAGUUCUAAGUGCACCCUGAAUUCAGCCACAGGACACAACCUGAGUCCAGGGUAAAAGAAAACUUCUUUUGGAGAAUUCUACCUUUUAUUUUAACUUCUGCUCACGCAAUGGCACACCAGAAAGGAAGGUAACGCAGAUUUUAAAAACAGUUGGAAAUUUGAAAAUAAGAUGACAUCCAUUGCUAUUAUAGAAAAAAAUACACAAAAUGCUGGAGGAACUCAGUUGCCUGGCAACAUUGUGGCGAAGGAAACAGAAUUAACGUUUUAGGUCUGAUGUGAAGAGCAACGCAUGGUUUGGAUUAUCAGUGCUGAGGUAAGGGUGUCAACUGAAAGAGCAAAUAAAAAUCAAUGAAGCCUUGUAACGUAAUUUUGAGUCAAAAUGCCUUAAAUAUUGAUAUAAAUUUUAAUAUAAUCAUAAAAUCCCUACAGUGUGGAAGCAGGCCAUUUAGCCCAUCAAGUUUACACCAACCCUUUAAAAAGCAUCCCACCCAAUCCCUGUAUUCCCAGUCGUUAAUCCACCUAACCUGCGCAUCUCUGGACACUAUGGGCAAUUUACCACAGGCAAUACAUCUAACCUGCAUAUCUUUGGACUGUGGGAGGAAACCAUGCCUACACAGGGAGAAUGUGCAAACUUCAUACAGUCACCCACAGGUUGAAUCAAACCCACAUUCCUGGUGCUAAGAGACAGCUGUGCUAACCAAUGAUCCACCAUGCCGCCUAACAUAAUGGAAUAUAACAUGGGGAAAUAUGAAUUAGAAGAUUAGAAGAGUAGAAUAGUCUUUAGAUGGUGGCAGACUAGGAAAUAUUAGUAGUCAGAGUGAUUAAGAUGAUAUUGAUACAUUAACAAACAAAAUUAACAUAGCAGGUAUAGCAAGCAGUUAAGAAAACAAAUAAUAUGCUAGACUUUAUUGCAAAGGGAGUAUAGAAAAAUAUUUUCUGAAGAAGGGCCUAGGCCUGAAUUGUCAGCUUUCCUGCUCCUCUGAUGUUGCUUGGUCUGUUGUGUUCAUCCAGCUCUCCACCUUGUUAUCUCAUUAUCGUAGAAAAAUAAAGGUCUAUUGCAAAUAUAUAGGGCCUGGCUGAGACCAUACCUGCAUCACUGUGCACCUUUUGGCUCUGAGAAGAAUCUACUUUUAUUGAAGGAGUGCAACAAACUUAAUUAGACUGAUUGUUAGAAUGCAGGGAGACUGAGUAGAUUUGGAUAUUAUUCCAUAGACGUCUGAAGAAUGAGAUGUGAUCUAAUUGAAACAAAUACAAAUUUUAAUAUGCUUGGCAAAGUGGACACUAGGAGGGUGUUUCCCCAGAGUUAGACAGAUUUUUGAUUGACAGGGCAGUCAAGGAUUUUGUUCACAAUAAUGGUGAGAUGCGAUACAAACCAUAAGGGUCGAUCCUAAAUGGAGUGCAGGAGCAGAGUAACUUGGGGAUAUAUGUACCCAAACCACCAAAAGUGCCACACUUAAAAUUGUUUUCCAUUCAAAGGGUUGUCUUUGGAAAUCUCUAAUGCAGAACAGUUGUUGAGCAUUUUCAAGUUAGGGAUUGACACAUUUUUGUAUAUUCAAAGAAUCAAAGGAUAUGGAUAUUGCACAAGAACAUGUUGCAGAGUUGUAAGUCAGUGCUCAUUGAAUGGUCGAGCAGUUAGAGGGGCCGAAUAGCUUAAUUACAUUCCCACUGUUUUGGUUCUUACAUGAUUGCUGGUUAUAAUGGAAUGUGGCCAUUUAGUUUUAAUAAAAAACCUGAAAUUUUCUUAGAUGUUGAUUUUUAAUUUUCAGGGAUUCAUGUGAAAGAGUAAAGUACUUCAUAAUUUUUUUUUGAAAGAGGUCAAGCUAUAUAACACAUAUAUGUAUUGUGAAAUUUGAGGAGAUAGUGAUAGAUUUCAAGAGGAUAUAGGCAAGUAGUCAGGUAGAGGAGUGGCUGUAUUAUAGAUGAAAUGUGAAGUGAUACAAUAUGUUUGGAAUAAUGAAGAAAUGGAAGUUAAACUAAAAGAGACAAUUCUAAAGGAAUUGCCAUUGCAGAGAAACCUUCGGGUACAUGUGCAAAAAUCAUUAAAGGUGCUAGAAAAUUGGUCAAAAGGACACUUCGCUUCUAUUUUGAGCUUUAUUCCAUUGUCCACACUGUUAUUGCUGUCACAUGCAAUAUUACUUGUUUCAAGCAUGUUUAUACCAGAUUACCUACCUUCUCAACCUUUCUCCUUGCCUGAGAUAUGGUGACCUUCAGAUUAAACCACUAUCAGUCUUCUCUGUCUCAUAAGUGAGCAGCCCUAUGGUCCUCUGGGACUAUGGUGACUUUAACUUUAUACUUAAUUUGUGUUUUUACCUUUUGAUAUCACAAGUAUUUGAGUCGACUGACUUUCACACAUGUUUUAGAUUAUUUUUAUUUACUUUCAGUACCCUGUGCUUACCAAUCAUUCUAGACUCUUACUAGUAUUGAUACGGAACUUGACCCAGAGUUUAUGGACACUCCCUACAUAUGAUUAUAAGAACAUCAAAGCAGGUGCGGUGAACCUUUUGAUGUAGAUUUCCUUCUUGUCUGCAAAUUACAGCAUGAGGAAGUUAUAGUCCUUCUGGUGCAGUAGGUAUAGCUGCAUUUCUGAGCAUGAUAAACAACUUCAAGUGUCAUGAAAUGCUGCCAUCUAAGUAUUGAUGUGUGCCAAAGGAACCCAGCCAGAAGUCUAAGUCUCAUUAUCAGUGGGCAUUCACAACCCUUUGUCUGAAUAAACAAAGACAUAUUUUUAUUACAAAUAAGUCAGUACAUUACAGCAAGAGCUUACGACUAUAUUCCAUACAUUGACUCAAUGAAAUACUAUGACAACAUAUGAAAUCUCCCAUCAUGACAAAAUUUUAAAUAAAUGAAAAAAUUUUAAACAAGUUAGAAGUAUCAAAAUUAUGCAGGUGCAACGAGAGAGAAAUCAUUUUCUGUGCACUGCACAGCCCUUAGUGGUCUUGUGACAGAGAAACAUAGAAGCAGAAAAUAGGAGCAGGAGGAGGCCAUUUGACCCUUUGGGCCUGCUCCGCCAUUCAUCACAAUCAUGGCAGAUCGUCCAAGUCAAUAGCUUAAUCCUGCUUUCUCCCUAUAACCUUUGAUCCCAUUCACCCCUAGUGCAAUAUCUGGCCACCUCUUGAAUACAUUAAAUGUUUUGACAUCAACUACUUCCUGUGGUAAUGAAUUCCACAGGCUCACUGUCUCCUCAUCACCGUCCUAAAUGGCAUACCCCGAAUCCUCAGACUGUGACCCCAUAGUUCUGGACACACCCACCUUCGGGAACAUCCUCCCUGCAUCUAUUCUGUCUAGCCCUGUUUGAAUUGUGUAAGUCUCUAUGAAAUGCCGCCUCAUUCAUUGAACUCCAGCAACAACAAUCCUGACCUAAUCAAUCUCUCCUCAUGCAUCAGUCCCACAUCCCUGGAAUUAGCUUGGUAAACAUUCACUGUGCUCCCUUGAAAGCAAGAGCAUUCUUCCUCAGAAAAGGAGACCAAAACUACACACUGUAUUCUGGGAUAACAAGGUGUAGAGUUGGAUGAACACAGCAGGCCAAGCAGCAUCAGAGGAGCAGGAAGGCUGAUGUUUCGGGUCUAGACCCUCACCAAGGCCCUGAUAACUGUAACAACACAUCCCUGCUCCUAUACUCCAAACCUUUCACAAUGAAGGCCAAAAUAACAUCUGCCUUCACGAGCACUGUAUCUGCAUAUCUGCCUUCAACGACUGGUUCACAAGGACACCCAGGUCUCCUGCACACUCCCCUCUCCUAAUUUACAACCAUUCAGGUUGUAAUCUGCCUUCUUGUUGCUUCCAAAGUCAAUAACCUCACACUUGUCCAAAUCAUACUGCAUCUGCCAUUGAUGCCCACUCACCCAACUUGUCAAGACCAUGCUGAUCUUCCCAACUAUCAAUGACGUAGAACAACAUCCUGAGGUACUUUGUCAUAGCAUAAUCAAAUACAAACAUAUAAGAGGCCAAAGAAGCGGAUAUUUGGAAGGUUGACUAAUAGUUUAGAUGAGUGACAGGUUUGUUAAAUGGCAAUGUUGAUCAGUGGCACUCUUCCUUUCAAAUCACAAGGUUAUGCAUUCAAGUCUCGCUCCAAACAAUUGAACACAAAAUUCAGACUGAAACUUCAGUACAUUACUGAGGAAGUGCUGCACAGUUAGAAGAGUUAUUAAACCAUGGUCUCCAUCUGCCGAUUUGGAUGUUUGUAAAAGACCUAUAUUGAAGAAAAAUGUUCUCUAAUGAUCUAGUCAAUACUUAUCCCUCAAUCAAAAUCUUUUAAGAGAAAGGUUUUUGAUUAUUAUCUUUGAUUUGCCAGUGUGUUUUCCUGCAAUGUAACAGUAACUGUACUUUAUAAGCUGAUCAAUACACAUGCUGUAAAAAUAUGAGUCUUUCUUUUCUUUCGGUAAAGAGGUAGGUUUUUAAAAUGGUCUUGGGAGAGAGAGGUUUGGAGACAGAAAUCCCAGGGCUUAGGGCCUAGAUGUUGGUUGUCGAUGAUGAUGUAAAGAAACUGGUGAAAACACAAAAGCCCAAAGAUAACUAGAAUAUCACAUGGAUUGAAUCGAUUUGGCUGAAUAUUAUGAGGGCAAGGACCUCUGAAGGAGGCCAAGAUCAAGUAUCCAUCUCAACAUUUCUGGCUAAAGGUGGUUACAAAUGUUUCAUCCGUGUGUUCUGUAGUAAUGUGCUGGAUUGUCCCACCAUUGGGAUGUGAAUGUUUCUGGAGUCUCCUUACCUGUUGCUUAAUUGUCUACUGCCUGU